GAAAUGAGUACUGAAUUUAUAGACGCGUUCUUUCCCUACAGCUCCUUUGUGUUGCGCAAGAACUUUCCAAAGGCCUUCACCCGCUUGUUUCCACCGGCUCUGCAGAGAAUAUGCACCCGGCCAAUACUGUCCCUGCCUCUAGUCCAGGGCAGCGCACCGUUUUUGGUGCGGUGGCCAUCGCUGGCGCCGCUUAUAAUACUGGGCUUGAUUCUUGGACUGCGAGGGCACUUCAGCUUCCAGACACAAAAUAACUGGCACCGGCCGCCAACGCCGUCGCUGUCGCUGUCGUUCGGGUUCUAUGCGCUUAUGUGCACUGCCGCGCUGCUGUGCCACUGCCUGCUGCCUCGCUCCAGCGACUGGCAGAUGGCUCUGGUGUCACUCGACAUAGCGGCCACGGGCAGUUGCGCCUUUUCCGCUCUGUACGCGUGUCUUUCGGACGAGCUCGGAGACAGCCUGCGCAGGUCUUGGGGCGGAGCAACAGCAGCAGGCGCAGCAGCAGGCGCAGCAGCGGCAGGAGGUGAAAACGCAGGAGCAGCAGCUCAGGCUCCAUCUGGGUCAGCUGGCUCAGCCGGGGCAGCUGCUGCUGGUGGGGCCUCCGAGCCGGCGGAAGUGGCCGUAGCAGCGGGCGGUGGCGCGGCCGCAGCCGCAGCAGCUGCUACAGCCGCUACAGCCGCUGCAGCUGCGGCACCGGAGCCCGCGCCGCUGGUGCAGGUGUCGCAGCCGCUGGCGGCCGGCGGGAUUGACAGUAGGCGGGCGGCGGCGGCGCGCGCCAAACGGCGGCACGUGACCAACCUGGUCACUGGCAACGGCCUCAUAAACAUAUCCGCGUUCUGGGGUGUGCGUGUGCCGUACAUGGCCGAGGCAAUCUACAUCGGCAUGUCGGCGGCGGCGGCGCUGGGCGUGGGAGCCUACAUCAUGCGCAGGGGAAUGGUGGGGCGGCAACCGCUGUGGUUUGGGCUGAUGUUGUCGGGCGCGGCACUGGCGCUGUUUGGCAUCCCCCUGGAUGCCCACCUGUGCACGUGGCUGGGGCCGCAUGCAAACCACGUCGUACUGCUGUUCGCCGGGUGCGACCUCAUCAUGUACGGCUUCGGGCGGUACAUUCGGGAGGAUCUGGAGAUGCGGUACGACACGCCGUACUACGAACGGCGGCGGGCGGCGGCGACGGCGGUUGAGAAAGCGGCGGAGGGGAAAGCGGGCGGGCAGGGCAAGGGGCGGCACGGCACGGCAGCUGGGGCGGGUGGUGCCGGUCAGGAGGUCCGGCAGAGGGGACGGUAGCUGCAGGCCCGCUGGCAACGAGAGCGCGGCGGGAUAAUGUUUUGAGUAAUUUGCGAGCUGAUGUUCCCAAGCGCUGCAGCUGUGUAGCGAGCGUCAAGUGGGUGCACACAAGGAUGAGAGUGAUGUUGACACUCAGCAGCGCGGGUGGGCGUGGAGGCGCCGUAGCAGAGAAUGGGUGAGCGACCAAGUGAGCGAUGCGUGUACCGCCGGAGCACUAUGCAGGACUGGGCAGGGGGCAGACAGGCUAGCGAGCGAAACCACGCAUGGCCACUCCUUGGUGAUCUGGUGUUGCGCAGAGCGCAGCGCGGCUGUGAUGUAUGAUAUGACGGCUGAUGUCAGGUGCUGGUGUGCUGGCAAGUAGCAGAAUAGGCAUGUGGGUGAAGGGUAGGUGCAGGCCGGUAAGUGCGGAAGAACCUAUUCUGGAAGGAUGCUGAACACGUACGUACGUGCGCGGCGCCGGUACUGCAGUACAUGCAGGACCCGAGGCGCGGGCCUGCGUGUUGGUGUGCGACGGGACAGUGGUAAGGCAGGUUGGUAAAGUCCCGUAGGGUGCAGCUGAUUCCCAGAACCCAGCAGAUGGCAAACAAUUUGGGGCAAGCCUUGCAAUCUCACACACGGUAGCGCGCUACGUCUAUCAGGUAUAACACGGUGUGCUGGGCAUGGUGCAUGUGGUGCACAAUGCCCUAUGACAGUGAGCGAGCGCUCGGUGCUGGGACCUGAUGGCCGAUGAGGGGGUGGACGCAGCGGCAGUGUGUCGGGCCCGCGUCAGAGCUAUCCACCAUCAGACCCACAGCUGCUCCUAGCCUACCUCCUCCUCCACGAGUCCCUGUCCAUCCGGCCCCGUCGCCAAGGUGCGUCGUCCUGGGCGUCCAACUGCUGCAAGGUCGGAAGCAGUAGCGCCUCUUACCCAAAGCCGCGAAAGGGCCGGAUGCAGUAACGAAGUGAAUUCUGCGCAAGUGAAUACCCAGGGGUUCUGAAUACCUGAUGCUGUCCUCCCCAGCCAUCCGGCCUAGGUCGUGAUGUGAGGAGCUCGAUGGUAGGUUUAUCCUGUCUC